CCAGUGCAGCGGCUGCCGGGGCCAGAAAGCGCCGCCCGGAGCUCGGAGGAAGCAGAGCGCGCCGCGCCCCUGCCACUGACCGAGGGUCUACAAGUGACUGGAUCCUUCCCAGCUGGGCCCUGGAAAAUGGCAGCUGCUGCUAAUUCAGCCCUGAAGACAGUCACUUGCCCACUGAGCACCAUAACUUAGAAGAUAGACUUGAGAGGAGGAACAUCAACAGAAGUAGGAGUUUCCGGGUCUGCCUGUCACUGUCUAGGUGGGUCCCAAGUGUCCAGUCCUGGUGGAGAUGCCAGGAGCCAUUGCAGCACCUUGCCUACUGGUAGCUGGCCAGAAGCAAGGCCUCCAGGCCUUUGAUUCUCAUGAUUAUGUUCUCUGCAGGCUUUUUCUCAAGCAGCUAUGACCCGCUGGAUGACUCUCCAGGUCUCUAGGCCACGAAAACCCAUACCCCAGGAUCUGUCAACCUCUCGCCGGCACUUAAGUGCCCCAACCCUGACCACUCGCCCCUGGAGGGUCCCAGAAUCUGGGGCUGAAUCAUGUUCCCAGCACAGCCCACAGGUUCCCCAGCCUCGCCAACUCUCUGCCUCCUGGCCCAGGCAGAAGCAGCCGCUGCCAUUACAGCAUCAGGUCUCAGCUCCUCAGACCCAUGGAGCCUCUCCGCCUGGAGCAAGCCUAGGGCCAGGUCAGGGCCCUCUGGCCCCCGGGAUGACCGCGGCCAGUAGGGCCAACCCCUACAGCAUCGUGUCAUCGGAGGAGGACGGGCUGCACUUGGUCACCAUGUCAGGCGCCAAUGGCUUUGGAAAUGGCAAGGUCCACACUAGGCGCCGGUGCCGCAACCGCUUCGUCAAGAAGAACGGUCAGUGCAACAUCGAGUUCGCUAACAUGGACGAGAAGUCCCAGCGCUACCUGGCCGACAUGUUUACCACCUGCGUGGACAUUCGCUGGCGCUACAUGCUGCUCAUCUUUUCGCUGGCCUUCCUUGCCUCCUGGCUACUGUUUGGCGUCAUCUUCUGGGUCAUUGCUGUGGCCCAUGGUGACUUGGAGCCAGCCGAGAGUCGUGGCCGCACCCCCUGUGUGAUGCAGGUCCAUGGCUUCAUGGCAGCCUUCCUCUUCUCCAUCGAGACGCAGACUACUAUUGGCUACGGGCUGCGCUGUGUAACUGAGGAGUGCCCAGUGGCAGUCUUUAUGGUGGUGGCUCAGUCCAUCGUGGGCUGCAUCAUUGACUCCUUCAUGAUCGGAGCCAUCAUGGCCAAGAUGGCACGGCCCAAGAAGCGAGCACAGACUCUGCUGUUCAGCCACAAUGCCGUGGUGGCGCUGCGUGAUGGCAAGCUGUGUCUCAUGUGGCGCGUGGGUAACCUGCGCAAGAGCCACAUCGUGGAGGCCCAUGUCCGGGCCCAGCUCAUCAAGCCUCGGGUCACAGAGGAGGGCGAAUACAUCCCUCUGGACCAGAUAGACAUUGAUGUGGGCUUUGACAAGGGCCUGGACCGCAUCUUCCUGGUGUCACCCAUCACCAUCCUGCAUGAGAUUGAUGAGGCCAGCCCACUGUUUGGCAUCAGCCGGCAGGACUUGGAGACAGAUGACUUUGAGAUCGUGGUGAUCCUUGAGGGCAUGGUGGAGGCCACAGCCAUGACCACACAGGCCCGCAGCUCCUACCUGGCCAAUGAGAUCCUAUGGGGCCACCGUUUCGAGCCAGUGCUCUUUGAGGAGAAAAAUCAGUACAAGAUCGAUUACUCACACUUUCACAAGACCUAUGAGGUGCCCUCCACGCCCCGUUGCAGCGCCAAGGACCUGGUAGAGAACAAGUUCCUCCUGCCCGGUGCCAACUCCUUCUGCUAUGAGAACGAGCUGGCUUUCCUGAGCCGUGAUGAGGAGGAUGAGGCAGAGGGAGACCAGGAUGGCUGCAGUCAAGAGGGCCUCAGUCCCCAGCCUCGGCACGACUUUGACAGGCUCCAGGCUGGUGGUGGAGCCCUUGAGCAGCGGCCCUACAGGCGAGAGUCAGAGAUAUGAACCACUGGUGGCCUAGUGCAAGGCUUAGCUCCCUCAGGGAGUGGCCCAGUGUCCCUCAGGGGCACUGGGUUUGAGCAGAGUGGGCCAGGUGCCCUGGGUUGCAGACUCAGUAGCGUUUUAGUCGUUUUAUGUUUCUUCACAAUAGCCUUGGAGAGUUAGUGGGAGAGUGGGUGGCCAGAGAGGGCAGCCCACAGCCUCAGAAGCCGAGGUGGCACAGGGUCAGGAAAGUGGCCUCCUGGGGGUCCAGCCACAGGAGCCAGGGGCUUCUUCCUGGAGAAGGAGCUGCAGCCUGCACAGAGUCACCCUGCAGUGGUCCACCUCUGUGGUUACAGUCUGGCAGGCUACAGGCAUCUCUAUGGUUUUUAACUUGGGGAGAAACAUCAGAUUCCAGCUUUCUCAACCUUAUCUUGGGUAAGACUGUUUACAAAAAAUAAUAAUAACAUGCAAUUAAAAAUAUUUUUAAUUCAUGGGGUUGUGGGGGAAGGACAAUAAGAAUCCCAUUGGUCUGCCGCAAUGCGAGCGGCUAGAUGCAGAGAUGUUCCAGAAGGUUUCCUGAGGCUGGACUGACCUCUCCCCCAUGUGUGCUAGAGCCCCCACAGUUCAUCAGGCUUAGGGGUGAAUUAGGUUCUGUUUGUGACAGAAGAACCAAGACGAUGUUAAUGAUCAUAAUAAAAAGCUUUCUGAUGCUAUUGGGAUGGGGUUGGGGAAGAAACUGGUUUGCUCUUGUUGAGUUUGAUGUUGUACCUCAGAGGUGGUCCCAGGGCUGUGUGGGACCUGCCCUCAAGGGUAUCCCUGCCUCCAUGCCCAUGUUUUGCCUCUCUCUCCACUUCGGCCAGGGCCUGCGUCCCUUGCAGAUGAGAGGCAGCUGGAAACAUGGGAGGCUCCUUGGGAAGGGGAAAGGGAGGCUGGGUUCCCUCACCUAGUGGAAAAGGAUCAGCCUUCCCACUGGGCCCACAGGGGAAUUGUGCCUUAAGAGACUUCAGGUUGUUCGACUUGAGUUGUUUCUGUUUUUAUUGGACAUGCCUGUUCCCCUCCCCUCCCCACUCCAUCUGCCCUGGGAAGGUGGCAGUGACUGUGCCCCCUGACAUACAGCCACACUCCUGCCUGCCUUCCUCCCCUACAUACCUCAGGCAAUACAUUUUGGGGUCUGCUGUUGAAGGUCAGAGGAAAGAUUUUAGGGAAGUAGAAUUGUCACCACCUCCCACCCAUGACCUGGGGUCAUAUUCAUUCAAAGAUGAAUUUAAAAAGUGGCCAUGGAAUGAAGAAUUCCUGUUCAGGCUUCAGGGGCCUGCGGGAUGGAGCACUCCUUCUGCUUCCCUUCUCACUUUCCCUGAGGACAGGGACCACAGAGGAUCUAGAUGCUGACAAUCACUUCCCUGCAAGAUGCACUGUUAGGGCCCAGAGAUACCUCAGUCCCAUUGCCCUGGAACAGGCCUGACUCCAGGAACCUUGAUCAGGAAGAGAUUGGAGGCCUCUUGUCACAAGUAAAUUGGCUCUGCCUUGUUCUUACAUCUUGUGAGGCCAGGCCUGGGAGGAGCCCAGCCUUUCCUGAGGCUGCUGAGAAAACCCAUCUUCCCUGGGCAAGGCCUUCAGGAAGGCAAUAAUGAGAAAGUUUGUGUCUCCUGCCUGCUUUCCCAGGCUGCUUGCCCCCAUGCUCAGGACAAGAAGGCACCAAUAACUCUGUGGUCCAAGAGGGGAAACUGAGGCUGAAAGUGGGGAAGGGGAGGUAAAGGUCACACGGUGAGUGGGCAGGGAGUUAGGGAGAGUAUGGGCCCUGGGGUGGGGCUCCUGCCUCUUUGCUUGUCCUCCCUGAGGAUCAGAGCCCAUGCACAGGCUAUUUUUUCUCUGAAAGGUCCCUGAGAUAGGACAAAGACACAGCUCGGCCCCUCACCUUGAGCUAGGCAAGACUUGAGGCAUCCUGCCCUGCCUCAGACCCAGCCUGAAGAUUUUUGGCCUAGAAGAUUUAGCUCUAGGCUGCUCUUUCAUCUCAGGAUCUGCCAGAGGAGCCUCAGCUCCUCUGGACUCCUGGGUUUGGCCCUCGGCUUAAAAGUCUGACUGGCUUUCCCAGAUUUAGCCUUGGGGUUCUUGGGGAUGUAUUGGCACAAGAGUGCUUGGUUCUCCACUAUCCACCCCAGAUCGCCAAGUGAGGGAAGGGUGGCCUCAGUCCCUGGAGGCUGGGUGGUGCCCUGUGCCCUAAUUUGUCCUUCCAGGCCUGUGUGGGGAAGCUGUGUACUUUCUGCAUCCUGAGCAGACUCAGGGGCCCCAGGUCCCUGCCACUUUAGUGGCCUGGUGCGUUUGCCUCUCAGGCCUGUCCUCCCAUGCCCUCAUCCACCAGAACGACCCAGCCCCAGAGCUCGAGGGAGGGCAGCCUGAGCUGCCUUUCAUCUCUCACCAAAGGCAGGCACAUGCUGCGUUUUCAAAUUCUUCUGUCCUCUUUUUUUCCUUCCUUCCAUUUCUCUAUUUAUCUAUUUAUUUAUAUGUUUAUUUAUUGCUUGUGCUAAAGACCAAACUAGUCCCCUUUUAGUGCACUUGAUUGCGAGGACUGCUAUGAGGAGCCUUGAGUGUACGCAGAAGCAAGGGAGACUUGGCCCCGGGGGCGUGUGUGGGGAGGGAAGGUGUGCACACGUAUGUGCACGUAUGUGUGUGCACACCUGACUCUCCACGUGGGUGACACUGAGGUGAUGAUGUGGAUACUUGACAUGUCCAGAUAUGUGUGUCUACCCACUGGUGUGCGUGUGUGCACUGGUGUGUGUGUGUGUGUGUGUGCUUAUCUUCCCCACGGGGGUCUGGUUUGACACUCACCAGGCCAAGGCUGGGUGCACACUGGUCAGACUGGACACUGCCCUCAGACUUUGGCACUGACCACUGACUGACUUGAUAGCUCCUGGUCCUCUGCCCUGAUCAUCCAGUCAGUGCCAACGUGAGGCAUCUGGAAGUGGGCAUCUGCACCUGGAUCAUGUGCCGGCCGUAGUAUGUCUGUCUGAAUGAACACCAUGUAUGUGCGGGUGUGUGUGGUCUUGGGGUGUGUGUGCACGUGUCAGUGGGGCGGUGUGUCUGCUGCUCAGAGCACUGUGGCUACCCCCCAACCUCUGUCGGUGCUGUGCCGCUCAGUCCCUGCCCAUCCAAGGGGCCCGGGAGUGGUGCGGAAGGAGCCCCCUUCGGGAGGCCCCUACGUGGGGUGUCUGCCUUGUGUGAGGUCAUAGAAUGUCAAAUCUAUUUUAAAUGGUGAAACUGGAGAAUUUUCAUGUUAUUUUCAAUACAUAGCUGUAUCUAAAGAUGUAGGCGAUGAGACUAG